AUGGCCAAUGCCAGUAUUCUAGACCAUUGGAAGGAAUGUUCCCCAAUUGACACCCUCUUCAUUCUCAUUUGCUGUGUUUUCUGUUGGUUGAUUAUACCUGCUGUUGGGCUGGGAUAUUCUGGAUAUUCGAUCAAUAGAAAUGGGCUUGCAUCGUUCUAUCCAAGUCUUCUAGUCAUUGCAGUAUGUUCAAUCCAAUGGUGGAUCUUAGGGUACUCACUAGCCUACGGAGAUGCGGGCGGAGUAUUUGGGGGGCUCGAAAAGAUUUUCCAUCUUAAUGUCCUUGCAAAACCGAUUGGAUCUAUCCCCGAAAUUCUGUUCUCGGAAUUUCAGUUGAUUUUCUGCGCCACGGUAUGCAUUAUCGCCGUCGGUGGUGCCUGUGAGCGAGGACGGAUCCUUCCUUUGAUCCCAUUUAUUUUUCUCUGGUGCACCUUCAUCUACGAGCCUAUUGCCCAUAUGGUGUGGUCUGAAAAUGGUCUCUUAAACAAUCUUGGGGUUCUUGAUUUCGCCGGGGGAACUCCAGUUCAUAUCUGUAGCGGAGCUUCCGCGACAGCUAUGAGCGUCUAUCUUUCGUGGCCUCUCUUUCGUUCCCGCCGAUCUUCAACUCGUACUCCACAGCAUCUGAAACUCCACAGGCCGCACAAUAGUAUGUGUCAGCUUCUGGCUCUUAUAAUUAUCUGGAAUGCCUGGCUCGCUUUUGAUGCAGGUACAACAUUAGCGCUCAACUUCAAGAGCGUUUUCGUUGCUUACACGACAAAUCUUUGUGCUGCAGCAGGUGCCAUUACCUGGGCCAGCAUGACGUUCUGGGAAACUGGGAAGUGGAGUCUCGACAGUACUUUCAUGGGUGCUAUUUCAGGAUUGGUGAUGAUUACUCCAAGUGCAGGGUUUAUUGAUCUGCCCACUGCAUUUUUCUUCGGCAUUUUUGGGGCUUUUAUCUGCAGACAGGCGCUGAGGAUCAAGUUCACCAAGAUGGCGGCUCGAUUACGCUGGGUAGACAAUGGGGACACUUUUGCGACACACUGUAUCGGUGGCUUUAUAGGAACUAUCGCAACAGGGCUGUUUGCUAGAAGAGAAGUUGCUGCCUACGAUGGUACCAUGGAAAUUUUGGGAGGAUGCUUCUUUGACGGCCACUGGGCGCAGCUUGGGAUACAGAUUCUUGAAGCGCUGAUUGGGUUUACAUGGAGCUUUGCAGGAACAUAUGUAAUUUAUGCCCUGAUCGAUUGUAUUCCGGGCCUGGAGGUCCUAGCGCAGGACAGGUAA